AGCUGGCUCCAGUGCCGCCCUGUCGCCCGCCCGGGGCACAGCAACUGCAGCUCGCUCCGUUGCCGGAGCGCCCACCACUUCCGCCAUGAGCGGCGGACCGCAUAUGACGAUGGAUUCCGGCGUGCGCCACUUCCAUCCCGCCGACAAUUACGAUGGCAUCAAAGAGAGACAUGUGAUGGUUGAUGUGGAUGGAGAGAUGAUCGAGGUAGAGAUUGACCCGAAGAACGGCCCAAAAGUUCUCAAGGUGGAUGGCAGCCCACCUGGGCCCAACGACUUCUUCAAGCUACCACGGUCCGCGAGGUCGACCCUCGACAUGUCCACCAUGAACGGUCACGACAAGGAUUGGACGUAUUAUACCUCAACUGAGAGAAAUCUGUGCGUCCUCCAAGCUGCUAAAGUCAAUAAGUGCCGAAAGGCCUUGGCCGUUCAAAAAAGUUUAGAGUAGAAGUAGAAGUAUAAAUAAUCGUAGGCAGGUCUGUGCUGGGCUAGUGUUGGGCUGUGCUGCUGGAUGAAAGUCCUGCGCCCUCGACACCCCAGUUCUUGCCAUGUGCAAUGGAUGUGAUUCUUGCCUCAGCUGAUUUUGAUAGUCUAGGGCUUAGUCAUGUUUAAUCCAUCAAUCAGCAGAGGUCCAACUUCUGCACGCGCUAGUGGGCAGGCUUCAGAAUGAUCACCUGCUACAGCAUCGGGGUAUUAGGUGAUUCGGGGUUGGUCAAGAUUCGAGUUGGUUUGGAGUUCUGUUUGCAUGCGCUGUAUGUCAACACUGC